UCUCAAAUUUUUUUUUUUCUGUCUUAUCAAACUUAAAAAUUGAGAUCAAGUUGGUUCCAUUAGAUGUUAUGCAACAGCUUUCUGAAGUCUGCAAGCCUUCAUUUGGGGCACAUGAAGAACUAUAAUGAGUUAAGGCAGUUUAGCUGUGUCUGGAGAGGUUUGAAUGCAACUCAGAGCUUAACUUAUUUGUCGGAUCAUAAGUUUGCAAGAACGAGAAAGAUGAUGGUUGAUUCUGAUGCAACUGCAAAAGGAGGAAAAAUAGUUGAUCUCUUACUUGAGAAAGAUGAUGGAGGCUGUGACAGUGGAGGAUGGAAGAGUGAAGAUGGAAGAUUGAGCUGUGGAUAUUUCAGCUUCAGAGGAAAAAGGGCUAGCAUGGAGGAUUUUUAUGACAAUAAAACUACCAAGAUUGAUGGACAAACAGUCUGUCUUUUUGGGAUAUUUGAUGGUCACGGUGGUUCUCGAGCAGCUGAGUUUUUGAAGGAACAUCUCUUUGAGAAUCUCAUGAAACAUCCAGAAUUUAUUACGAACACAAAAUUGGCUAUAAGUGAAACAUUUCAACAAACCGACAAAGACUUUUUGGAAGUGGCAAAAGAUACUUUUAGGGAUGAUGGUUCAACAGCUUCAACAGCCAUUCUAGUUGGAAAUCACCUAUUUGUUGCUAAUGUGGGAGAUUCUCGAACUAUAGUAUCAAAGGCCGGGAAAGCAAUUCCCCUCUCAGAAGAUCACAAACCAAAUAGAAUUGAUGAGCGAAAGAGAAUUGAAAGUGCUGGAGGUGUUGUUAUGUGGGCAGGCACUUGGAGGGUUGGUGGAGUCUUGGCCAUGUCCCGUGCUUUUGGCAAUCGCUUGCUAAAGCAAUUUGUCAUUGCUGAACCUGAGAUUCAGGAUCAAGAAGUUGACCAGGAUCUUGAAUUGCUUGUGCUUGCAAGUGAUGGACUUUGGGAUGUAGUACCCAAUGAGGACGUCAUCUCAUUAGCGCAAACAGAAGAAGAUCCUGAAGCAGCAGCUCGAAAGUUAACAGAAACUGCUUUCACUCGUGGUAGUGCUGACAAUAUUACAUGCAUUGUUGUGAAGUUUCACCACAAUACCAAAGAAUCUGAGGGAACCCAUCAAAAUCGCAAAGACCUUGUAGAAAUCCAGCAAAAACUUCAAAGCAGGGCCUGAGGAAACCCAGCAAAACUGCAAAGUUGCGCCUGAGGAAACCCAUCACAGUUGAUUAAUUCAUUGAGUUCGAGUUGAGAGGAUUCUGAGAUGCAAAUAUGCUGAUGAGCACAUUUAGGUGGUGGCGAUUUGUUCAUUCUUUGGUUUAUUUCUUAUAUGUCUUACAAGUUGACAUGGCAUUGUAUUCCUACGUUCAUGGUCAUAAGGUCAAUUUAAAUUGGUGUAUAAUUUUAAUUUAAGUAAGGAUGGGUUCUUCUGUUCUCUUUUA